AUGCAGUAUUAUGCAAAUAAAGGUAAAGAAUAUGUUCGUCAACAGACACAAGAAAUUAGUAUGAAAAUAAAAGAUAGUCUUAAAGAAUAUAAAAUAAAAGAAGCAUUAGAUAAUAUUGAAACACUCUAUGCUUAUAAAGUUGAACUAGAUAAAGUUGUCAAUAUUAAACAAUCAUGUGAACAAGUACGAUCAAAAGUAACAGAAAUCUUUCAAGAAGCAUAUCAAUUAAUUAAUGAAGAUAAAAAUGAAAUUGGAAAACAUCGAGAUGAACGUUAUAAGAAAUUUAAUGACAAAUUUUCAAUUUUGAAUAAAGCUGAAAUAUUCAAUAGAUCUCCUGUAAAUAUUGAUUUAAAUGAGAUUGAACAAGAAUGUUUGUUAUCAUUUGAAAAGAAAAUUUUAGAAAUUGUUUCUUAUAUUGAAAAUAUUUUAAAUCGUUUUUCAACAUAUAGUCAUUUAACACGAAAUGAUUACAUUGAGUUUAAUAUAUUUUAUCUUAAUUUAUUAUCAUUCAGACAAGAAAUGAAAUUAGUACAAUGUGGUGUAAACGAAAAAAUAGGUAGAAUUGAAAAAAUUGAAACUUGGGCACGUUCAGCUGAACGAGAUUCAACAGUUCAAAAUGUUGCGUUGAUGUUAAUAAAUAUGAAACAUAUUUCAAUGCAUAUGCCUUCAUUUAAAACUAAAAUAAAUGAACUAAUAGAUGAAUUACUCAAUUAUUAUAAAAAUGUAACAAAUAAUAAUAUGACUUUUACAAAGUUAGGUACACUUCUAAAUCAGGACAAAACUGGUAUAGGUCAAACUAUUAUUUCAGAACAUAUAGCAUUUCAAGAUAAAUUAAUAGAAAAUAUUAAACUAAUAGUAGGAAACAUAAAACAGAAACUAAAUAAGAUAGAAUGGGAUGCAUAUAUAAGAAGAAAAGUUCCAGAAUUAGCAGCAAAUAUUUUUGCUUCAUGGACACUUAAAAAUGCUGAGUAUUAUUUUGAAUUUGAAGGUUCAGAUAAUCGAAAUAAUUAUCUUUCUCAACUUCAUGCAGCUCAAGUUAUUUCGAUAUUUUGUAUGCUCGGUAUAGGUAAUAAGGAUGAAGAAUUAAAGAAUAAUUUAGUACAAACAGGAACUCGUGAAGGAAAAUCUAUUACAUUAGAAUCUAUAGCUUGUAUACUUGCACUACUUGGUUUUGAUGUACGUUGUGCAUGUUAUAGUCAAUAUUUAAAUCAAAGAGAUUAUCAAGCAUUAGUACCAUUAUUUGAUGCAUUAGGUUUAUUAAAUUAUAAACAUUAUGGUACUUUUAAUAAAUUAUGUGAAGAUAUAAUUAAUGAUAAUGAUGAUAUUCGUCAAGUAGUUGAAUAG